AUGAGCACUCAGCAGCCAUUGCGCCGGCGCCAGUACUCUUGGGCGGUCAUUGUCUCCUUCGGCUGCCUGGCUAUCGCCCUAUCCUGGGUUGCCUUCUCGAUAUAUCAGGAAGAUGUCCGUGUAUCAGGCUCUUGGGGCUGUGAGAUGAGCUGGAUGUCGCCUUCGUACGCGCCUCUCCAGUGGCCUCAGAGACGCAUGCGCCAACGAUACGGGCUGUAUCGAUACUUGGAGCAGGGCAUCGACAUGGGCAGUCCGCCACGCGGUCACCCUGUCAUUUUCGUCCCGGGGAAUGCAGGGUCCUAUCAACAGGUCCGUUCCAUCGCUUCGGCCGCUUCGAGACAACAUCAGCACCAGGGAGGAUCGACAGCUGUGCACUCCAAGUCUAACCAUAUUGAUUUCUAUACUGUGGACUUCAAUGAAGAGUUCUCCGCUUUUCACGCCCAAACCCUGCGCGAACAAUCUAAAUUCCUACAACUAUCAAUUGAACGAGUACUGGCCGAAUACGGCCACCUCCCAGAGCAUUCGAAACCGACCCAAGUGACUUUUGUCUCCCAUUCCAUGGGUGGCAUUGCUACGCUACUGGCGCUUGACUCCAGAUGGGCUUCUAUGGUCGACGCUGUGGUCACCCUAUCGACCCCGCACAUGAUGCCUCCCGUGACCAUCGAGUACGAUAUGGACGCUAUCUAUACAACCAUAUCCCGGCACUCUCAGCUUGGUAUCCACCCUCCUAUCGUCUCGAUCUGUGGCGGUAUAUCAGACACUCAGAUUGUUUCUGAGAGCUGUGUGCUUCCAAACACCCCAGGCUCCGAAGACCUUCGCCUUACUGCGUUCACCUCCGCGAUUCCAAUGGUGUGGACCGGGGUCGACCAUCAAGCGAUGGUAUGGUGCCAUCAAGUCAGAUGGACUGUUGCCAGCCUUCUUCUUGACUGGGCAAACGCAAAUGGCGUGGACGGAAUCGAUAUCGCCAGAGAAAGACUUGUUGGACCUCGAGCUGCUCCUCUAUCUCUUCCUGAUGGGAACAUUAUAACAUUCCCGAUCUCGUCCGCAACUUCACCGACCAUGACACUCUUGCGGCGAAGAACAGACGCCCUGUCGUUACAAGAGUGUGAUGAAAAGGGGAAUUGUUUUCCAGUAGAGUUCCGAUCCGAUCUUCUCCCCUUGCCUCGAAAUACCUCAGCCCCCUUUCCAUCACCGGGGGAAGGUGUCAAUCUUGACGACGCAAUACUCUCCAGUGACCUGAAUAUCACUCUGUCGAAGGGUAUGUUAGAAGUACGUUCGGUGCAAGGCGCAAGGAAAGACUGGGUUGUCUUUGGUCGGCACGUGUAUCGUUCGGUGCGUGGUGGCUCCUGGGAGCGGGAAGAGAACGACGAGAACGUUACGCACUACACGUUGAAAUUCACGAGCCCUCUGUCCGACUCCUUGUUGACGUACGACCUUGAAGCCACCAUCGGACAAUGCGAAGGUCAAUACCCUAUCAUCAAACAUACAUCCAUAUCUGUGCCGUCGUUGCAGGAUACUACAUCAGAAGCGCGUUUCUAUCCCAUUACAUCAAUAUCCUCUGUUCUUCGCCUGCACUCGCAUGUGCCUCUGGGACCCUUUCUCUCGUCUGAGCGUGUGAGAGGUGUGGAAAUCGAGGUCUUUCAAUCCCCCACCUGCCCGAUACAGAUGAUCAGAAUGUCGCCAUGGCACAUGGGCGUGCUCGGCAAGAUUGUGACACGUUACCGAAUGGUCGCGAUGGCCUGGCCGGUUGGGUGGGCGUCCGCUGUAGUGUUGCGACAAGUGGCUUCUUUCCAUGUGACGGGCACUAUUCCUUCGUACGACAAGGCGUUGACAGACGUUGCUGUGGAUUGGCUUCCUAAGAGCUUGGUCGGUAUCGUCCUCAUGGGCUUUCUGCAGACCGCUCUAUCGAGCUAUGGAAGGAGCCAUACCCUCAUCCUGGGCACCACCGAUCUUGCUUUCAUACCUUUGCUGUUCUUCUUCUGGGUAUGGUCAUUCGGCGUCACAUGCUUGGUGUGGUGUUGUGUCCUUGUCACUGUCUCGUUAUAUCGCAAGCUGCCUGCAACUCUUCCUUUACGCUGGAUAUCUAGUAUCGAGAGAAACCGGAUCAAACCAAGCGAAGGCCCGGAAGAACCCCACCGACGCCCUUCCACCAGUCGAUCCAACGCUACCGUGCUAGGUGUGAUCGCCUUAAUCGCAAUAGCCAGCUUCUUUGUCCCCCACGAGGCUGUGCAUGUGGCGGCAUUCAUGAUAUUAUGGACCAUAUUCGCGAAUGAAGAUUGCGCUUCACCAACGAUACCCGACGAUAUCUCGCCCACCGAGCUCCAUAUGGAUGCACAAGGACUGCGAAUCUCUUGGUCGACACUGGAACCACACGAGUCUUUCUUUCCAAUGGAAUUCUUGAAGCGAGCCUCUUACGAUCCUCCCCUUCCCCAAGUUGAGCAGGACGCCCGGAUCCUAUGGAGCUCCAAGAUUGCAGCAUCUCCUCCUUCUGUAUCCUACGAUGGUAUCAUGGAUUCUCAGGUCGAACGGAGCGAGGCAAACAUCCUCAAAUUACUAAACAAAGUUCAUGACUUUGGUUUCUGUUUUGUGACCAACGUGCCCGCUACUGCUGAGGACACCAAAACCCUCAUAGAAAAUAUCGCUCCCAUCAGACACACACAUUAUGGCGGAUUUUGGUCUUUCACAGCCGACCUGAGUCACGGCGACCUGGCCUACAGUGCACAAGCCCUCCCUGCCCACACCGACUCCACUUACUUUACAGAUCCCGCUGGCCUUCAAAUCUUCCACCUCCUGUCCCACCCUGCCCCCGGCACAGGCGGCACCACCCUCCUGGUCGAUGGCUUCUACACCGCCUCUCUCUUAUCGGCCAUCCACCCCGAAUCGUAUGAUACUUUAUCGCGUUUAGCGACACCGGCACAUGCCUCGGGCACGGCAGGGACAAUGUUGCGCCCGCCAAUGAGCCAGCCUGUGUUUGUGCAUGACGAGCAUCAGCGAUUAUCUCAGGUGAGAUGGAACAAUGAGGAUAGGGGAGUUCUCGGACGGGGAUGGACGCCAGAGGAAGUCACGGGGUGGUAUAAGGCUGCGAGAGAGUACGAGGCGUUGCUGAAGGGCGAGGACGCAGAGUACUGGGUACAGCUCGGUCCCGGGACUGCACUGGUGAUCGACAACUGGCGAGUCAUGCACGGCCGUUCCGAAUUCACCGGCGCGCGAACCAUGUGUGGUGCAUACGUCGGUGCCGACGACUGGCACUCUCGACGGAAUGUGCUUUUGGAGAGACAUCGACAGCAAAGAAAACAAGAGUCCGCUUUAGACGACGUAUGGAGCGUCGGCUGGUGA